CAAACAUAAGGAAAUGAACGCUGGAUCUCUAUCGAUUUAGGAGGUUGUCGCUGAUUGGUAGGAUGAUUCCUUUUGUUUGCGUUAAAACAAGUAGGUCCGUGGUUGAAUGACGACGCGAUUCAUUAUACAUGUAUAUCGAUAUAGGCCUAUAGGCCUAUAGGCCUAUGGCUCUAUUAUAUUCGAUACCGUUGACAGAGAAGCAGAACUUGGUUUUGACAGAGAAGCACGACGAGGGUGAUUAGCAGGGGUGAAAAUAAUUCACUACGACUAUUAUUAGUAUUCGGAGCGCAUCGUAGGCCUGCAUGUGGAACUUUGCUCGCCAGGAUCGAAAUGUACUUUAUUUUCUACUUUUAGGCCGACCUUGUUUGACUGAAGACAUGUUGUAUGUUGACAUCGAUUAUGUUCUGAUCUUCAAAGAUACUGUGAGAAGAUCAAGCUGAUCAUUUAGCUCGGGUACCCUGACAGUCCUUUGUUUGGCCAAGAGUCUGGGAGGCUUCGAUGACACGCAUGACGUUUUUGGAUUAUAACGGAUGACCUGAAACAAUUUUGCAACUCGACUAUACUCAAAGCAGAUCAUUAUGAUGGGGAUUUGUAAACAAAAAAUCAUACAUGUUUCCCGUUUCAUUUAUGUCCUACUUGCUAUGACCCUUGUAUCCAUCUGCACAGUGAUUUUCUAUGACAGCGACCUGCAUAGACAUGUGAGAGUGAUAUCUACAGCGAGGAUUUCUUCAAAUGGCACCAAAGAGCUCCAACACGCCAUUGUGAGUGGCAUGAAAGCGAUCGAUAAAGGUUUGAAUAAACUAGAAGUUGUGUCUCUUAGAGGGGCCGUACCAUCGGUAAUAAACAGGCUAAGUGAAAUUGUUACUAACUUUGAACACCGUGUCUUAAAUUUCAAUGUAGAUGACAUUCUGAAAUCCCUUUCGGAUAUACCUUUUGAAGAGAGUCGCCUGGUCCACAAGAUUCAACAAAAACAGAGAAACGCGGAUUUCAAAUGUGUCAUCAGGAUUACAAAGUAUUGCUCCAAACGUUGUGACCAUAUAGUACAACGCAUCCAUUCGACGGAAUGGACGCGAUUUAGUUGUGAUGUCAACGAGGCUUGUCAAGUUGAGACCCGCUUUGUCGGUAAUCUCACUAGAGAGAUCAUGCAGUCUUCCGAUGUUCUAUUCAUCGUCUCUUCGCUCCAUCAAAAUCUGCAGCUGGAGCGCUUGGUGGCUUCGCGACCACCAGGACAACUCUGGGUCUUAUACUCCAGAGAAAGUCCUAGUCAUGAUCCAGAGUAUGCGCCUCAAGGUCUAACCGGAAACCCUUUCAACCUCACCAUGACACACGCCAGAGACGCUGAUAUACAUUUCCCAUACGCCACUACGCGGGAGAGGAAACAGGGAGAACCUCCUUCGAUACCAAAGAAGACUAAAUUGAUAGCAUGGGUGUCUUCUAAUUGUCAACUGUUGUCUUGGCGGCGAGGUGAGUUCGUCAAGGAGCUUCAACAGCAUAUCUCAGUCGAUACCUACGGUAAAUGCGGUAGCAUGGGCAAGCUCGCCGCUGAGGAUACUGCCAAAACGCUAAAACAAUACAAAUUCUAUCUAGCGUUUGAAAAUAGUGAGUGUCGGGAUUACAUCACGGAGAAACCGUGGAGAAAUAGUCUCUCUCAAGGUGUUGUGCCAAUAGUCUAUGGCACCAAGCGCGAAGACUACGAGGAAUUGCUGCCCAGGAAUUCUUUUAUUUUCGUCGAGGAUUUCAGCAACAUGAGCGCAUUUGUGGAUUACAUUCAUGCGCUCGAUGAAGACAAAGCGCGUUACAGGGAGUUUUUUAAUUGGAGAAGCGAGAGUACAGUGUAUUUUACGCGGUCUUCCUCAUUCAGCGUUAAAGCCCCUAAAGUGAAUAUGUGUUAUCUUCUAAAGAAACUGGUCCACCUCUUCUUCCAUCCAGAGACCUCGUGGCAGAAAAGGACACCCGAUUUUGCUUCAUGGUGGAGAGGACAGUGCGACGACCCAUCCACUGAGAAGAAUCUGUUGGGAUUCAGUGUUCGCCCGACUAAAAAAAAUAAGAAGAACCGAGAAGAGAAUAAUGUCGUUCAUAGAUGAUGCCUCCAGGCCUAUGAACGUGUUACGCUUAACAUUCAUAUUCGAAAGGCCUCAUCUCAAUUGACUUGUUCCAGAGUAUACCUUAUAUACUGUAACAUUUUAGUGGUCUC